GGUUUUUCCGAAGAUAAAUAUGCUUCACCGCUUGUUCGUAUUAAAUCUCCAGAAUUUUCACUCGAUUUACUUAUCGAAUCCUGAAUUUAAAAAAUCAAAAAUCUAAUAUUAAAUAAUUAUUAAAAAAUAAAAAUAAAUAAAAAUGGAUAAAAAUGGAAUGCAAACUUGUCUUUUAGGGAAAAGAACUAUUUACCCGCUUAAGUGGAUAUUCGUACGCGACAAAUUUUUUAAAAAAUUAAUGUACUUUAAUAACUGGAUAUAUUACAGUAUUAUUUACGAUGUAAUCGUUGAGCCGCCAAGCGUCGGCGCAACAGUUGACGAACACGGACAUUCUCGACCAGUUGCUUUUAUGCCUUAUCGAGUUAAUGGACAAUACAUAAUGGAGGGCUUGGCCAGCAGUUUCUUGUUUACAAUUGGAGGUCUGGGAUUUAUUAUAAUGGAUCAAACUCAUGCUCCUGGCAAAACAAAUUUAAAUCGCUUACUGCUUACCUCAAUGGGUUUCAUAUUCAUACUAGUUUCCUUUUUUACAACUUGGCUGUUCAUGCGCAUGAAAUUACCGAGUUACUUACAACCAUAAUAUCAAGCAUGACAUUUAAUAAAUGCUUGAUUUAAGACAAAAGAAAAGCUAUUAAUUAA